AUCAUUAAAGGAUCAACUUUCUGGAUGGAGCAGCUCUUGGGUUCAGCUGAAACUGCCAGGUUACUCUAAUGUUUGAGAAAAAGACGAUCACCUGAGCUCAUCAGUCUGAAGUUAACUCUUUUUUUUCUCUAUAAUGUGAUGAGAGUGAAACCAAGACAGCAGACACAGAGAGUCAUGAAUCUGAGGAAAUGAGACAAACUGAGGAGAGUCAAAGCCGUGACCGUGAGUUCAUGAAAACACUCAAACUCUGUGAGUGGGUAAACGUCUGUGGGGACCUGAACGUGUCUGACAUGAUGGUUUUUAUCUACAGUGAAUAAAUUCCUCUCUUCACUCUGAUACUUUGAUGAAAUAUGAUCCUCAUUAAAUCUUUCAUCUCUCCCUCAUCCAAUCAGACGCUCAGACGUCAAAUAGCCACAUCACCUUCCACCCAAUCGUACGCUCAGCCAGCACAGGGCCACGCCCCUUCUGCCCACCCCACUCGUCCUGCACCGUCAUGGUGCUUGCUCUGGAUGCAGUUGUCAUGGAGAUGGAGACGGGCUCGGCGUCGACCGGCGGCUCUGUUACCAUGGAGACGGAAGCAGCAGCAACGAGCGCGGAGCCGCUGAGAAAGCAUCGCAUGCUGAUCCUGAUCGGAGAGAUCGCCACCUGUCAUCACCUGGACGCCGUCAGGACGCAGAUACAGCAAGGUGAGGUGUGUGUGUGUGUGUGUGUGUGUGUGUGUGAGACUCAGCUCAGAGCUUCCUGCAGCUCCUCAGACCUGCUCCUGUAUUGAAAGAUGUUCUCACCCGUGUCUGCAGCUCUCUGCCCUCUCAAUCUGCGUCUCUAAAUCGGUGACCGUCAGAUAAAAAAGGAUCUGUUCUCCUCAGGUCGUGUGAGCGCGCUCAGUCUGCAGCAGAGCGUCCAUCAGCUCAGCUUCAGUCAUCCGCAGCCCUUCAAAUCUGAUCAGAUUCUAUUCUAAUCAGUUUAUACGCUGUUUUUCAAGGUUGUAAUACAUGCAGGUUUGUUCUCAGUGAUGGUAGAGACGAUCUCCAGAAUCAUGACCCGGCCACAGAUCAUGAUGGAGAUAAAGGAUGCUGACGUUUGUCCAACAACUCGUGUCAAACAUCUCAAAUAAACAAACUAUCUUUAAAAACAUGAAAUUGAAAUGUGAUGGUCCUCCGAGGAUCUGUGUGAAUUCAGACUGAAGCUGGAGUUCUGCUCCUGUUCUUACUGACUGACAGUAAACUCAGGUGAGCUCUGUCAAAAUCAGGAUCAGAACACUGGAUUUAUUCUCAGGGGGAAUUUGGUCAUUAGAGUUUUACACAUCUGCUUUAGAAAGUACAAACGUUAGAAGAAGGAGGACAGAAACAGGCAUGAAUGAGAACAAAUAAGAAACUACUGUUAGUAAAAAGGGCAGAAUAUUAGAAAUAAAGAAGUUUACAAAGAGUGUUAAAGAAGGCAGAGGAGUCGAUAAAACAGAGUCAGACGUGCUGUUAGAGUACAGUAUAAAAAAUACAAUACAGCCCUACAAACACAGGUGAGUCUGAACCUUACAGCAGGUGAGUCCUGAGUUUGAGUUCAUAAGGAUUUGAGUUCGAAGAAAGAGACGCGUUGUUGUCCUCACCUGUCCUCAGCGUAGAUUUAACUCACCUGUCCUCAGCGUUGUUGUCCUCACCUGUCCUCAGCGUUGUUGUCCUCACCUGUCCUCAGCGUUGUUGUCCUCACCUGUCCUCAGUGUUGUUGUCCUCACCUGUCCUCAGCGUUGUUGUCCUCACCUGUCCUCAGCGUUGUUGUCCUCACCUGUCCUCAGCGUAGAUUUAACUCACCUGUCCUCAGCGUUGUUGUCCUCACCUGUCCUCAGCGUUGUUGUCCUCACCUGUCCUCAGCGUUGUUGUCCUCACCUGUCCUCAGCGUUGUUGUCCUCACCUGUCCUCGGCGUUGUUGUCCUCACCUGUCCUCAGCGUUGUUGUCCUCACCUGUCCUCAGCGUAGAUUUAUCUCACCUGUCCUCAGCGUUGUUCUACUCACCUGUCCUCAGCGUUGUUGUCCUCACCUGUCCUUAGCGUUGUUGUCCUCACCUGUCUUCAGCGUUGUUGUCCUCACCUGUCCUCAGCGUAGAUUUAACUCACCUGUCCUCGGCGUUGUUGUCCUCACCUUACCUCAGCGUUGUUGUCCUCACCUGUCCUCAGCGUUGUUGUCCUCACCUGUCCUCAGUGUAGAUUUAACUCACCUGUCCUCAGCGUUGUUGUCCUCACCUGUCCUCAGCGUUGUUGUCCUCACCUGUCCUCAGCGUUGUUGUCCUCACCUGUCCUCGGCGUUGUUGUACUCACCUGUCCUCAGCGUAGAUUUAACUCACCUGUCCUCAGCGUUGUUGUCCUCACCUGUCCUCAGCGUUGUUGUACUCACCUGUCCUCAGCGUUGUUGUCCUCACCUGUCCUCGGCGUUGUUGUACUCACCUGUCCUCAGCGUUGUUGUCCUCACCUGUCCUCGGCGUUGUUGUCCUCACCUGUCCUCAGCGUUGUUGUACUCACCUGUCCUCGGCGUUGUUGUCCUCACCUGUCCUCAGCGUUGUUGUCCUCACCUGUCCUCAGCGUUGUUGUCCUCACCUGUCCUCAGCGUUGUUGUCCUCACCUGUCCUCAGCGUAGAUUUAACUCACCUGUCCUCAGCGUUGUUGUCCUCACCUGUCCUCAGCGUUGUUGUACUCACCUGUCCUCGGCGUUGUUGUCCUCACCUGUCCUCGGCGUUGUUGUCCUCACCUGUCCUCAGCGUUGUUGUCCUCACCUGUCCUCAGCGUUGUUGUCCUCACCUGUCCUCAGCGUUGUUGUCCUCACCUGUCCUCAGCGUUGUUGUACUCACCUGUCCUCAGUGUUGUCCUCACCUGUCCUCAGCGUAGAUUUAACUCACCUGUCCUCAGCGUUGUUGUCCUCACCUGUCCUCAGCGUUGUUGUCCUCACCUGUCCUCAGCGUCGUUGUCCUCACCUGUCCUCAGCGUUGUUGUCCUCACCUGUCCUCAGCAUUGUUGUACUCACCUGUCCUCAGCGUUGUUGUCCUCACCUGUCCUCAGCGUUGUUGUACUCACCUGUCCUCAGCGUUGUUGUCCUCACCUGUCCUCAGUGUAGAUUUAACUCACCUGUCCUCAGCGUUGUUGUCCUCACCUGUCCUCGGCGUUGUUGUCCUCACCUGUCCUCAGCGUUGUUGUACUCACCUGUCCUCAGCGUUGUUGUCCUCACCUGUCCUCAGCGUUGUUGUCCUCACCUGUCCUCAGCGUUGUUGUCCUCACCUGUCCUCAGCGUUGUUGUCCUCACCUGUCCUCAGCGUUGUUGUCCUCACCUGUCCUCAGUGUAGAUUUAACUCACCUGUCCUCAGCGUUGUUGUCCUCACCUGUCCUCAGCGUUGUUGUCCUCACCUGUCCUCAGCGUUGUUGUCCUCACCUGUCCUCAGCGUUGUUGUCCUCACCUGUCCUCGGCGUUGUUGUCCUCACCUGUCCUCGGCGUUGUUGUACUCACCUGUCCUCGGCGUUGUUGUCCUCACCUGUCCUCAGCGUUGUUGUCCUCACCUGUCCUCAGCGUUGUUGUCCUCACCUGUCCUCAGUGUAGAUUUAACUCACCUGUCCUCAGCGUUGUUGUACUCACCUGUCCUCAGCGUUGUUGUCCUCACCUGUCCUCAGCGUUGUUGUCCUCACCUGUCCUCAGCGUUGUUGUCCUCACCUGUCCUCAGUGUAGAUUUAACUCACCUGUCCUCGGCGUUGUUGUCCUCACCUGUCCUCAGUGUAGAUUUAACUCACCUGUCCUCAGCGUUGUUGUCCUCACCUGUCCUCAGCGUUGUUGUCCUCACCUGUCCUCAGCGUUGUUGUCCUCACCUGUCCUCAGCGUUGUUGUCCUCACCUGUCCUCAGCGUUGUUGUCCUCACCUGUCCUCAGCGUUGUUGUCCUCACCUGUCCCCUCUCUACAGGUUUGCGUUCAUGGAGCAUUGAUCUGGAGGUGUGUGACCUGAACAAAGAGCUGCAGCUGUUUGAGAGCAGACACACGGCACAGUUCUCCUCACAGGUCAAAGGUCAGUUUCAACAUUUCAACAUCACCAAUCAUAGUCUCUGUCCUCUCUAUGAGGAGGUGUCUGUCUCUCUGUCUGUGUCCUCUUUUCAGAGACAGAGCUGAGGACAUUCAGUCGUAUUGAUGGUUUUCAAUCAGAGGAUCAAUACGACUGAAUAUUUCAGCAUCAGUGUCUAAUUUGACCUCAGCUCUGUGAGCCCACUGAGACACCCAGACACUGUCUCUGUCCGUCUGUGUGUCUGUGUGUCUGUGUGUCUGUCUGUCUGUCUGUCUGUCUGUCUGUCUGUCUGUAAGUGUGUCAGUGAACACUGUGCUGGCAACAGUGUAAGGGGCCUCUAGAACGGUGAGUUCUGAAAUGCUUGGUUCUUGAAUUCUGUUUUCUUGACAGUUUGGUUUCUAGAAUAUGAUGUGCUGGAAUGCUGGGUUCUAGUGGACCAGGUUCUGGAAUUCUGGGUGCAAAGAUGCUUGGUUCUGGAGUGCGGCUUUCAGAAAUGUGUUGCUUGGUUCUGUGUUGCUGGGUUCUGUGUUGCUGGGUUCUGCAUUGCUGGGUUCUGGGUUGCAGGGUUCUGGGUUGCUUGGUUCUGCGUUGCUGGGUUCUGGGUUGCUUGGUUCUGGGUUGCUUGGUUCUGGGUUGCUUGGUUCUGGGUUGCUGGGUUCUGGGUUGCUUGGUUCUGGGUUGCUGGGUUCUGGGUUACGGGGUUCUGGGUUGCUGGGUUCUGGGUUGCUUGGUUCUGUGUUGCUGGGUUCUGCGUUGCUUGGUUCUGGGUUGCUGGGUUCUGGGUUACGGGGUUCUGGGUUGCUGGGUUCUGGGUUGCUUGGUUCUGGGUUGCUGGGCUCUGGGUUGCUGGGUUCUGCGUUGCUUGGUUCUGGGUUGCUGGGUUCUGGGUUGCUUGGUUCUGGGUUGCUGGGUUCUGGGUUACGGGGUUCUGGGUUGCUGGGUUCUGCGUUGCUGGGUUCUGGGUUGCAGGGUUCUGGGUUGCUGGGUUCUGGGUUGCGGGGUUCAAUACUCCUUGGUUCUGCGGUGCUUUGUUCUGGAUCAGAGGGUUUUGAAAUGUGUUUCCUAAAUGUUUGGUCCCACAGUGUCCGGUUCUGAGUCCUGGUUCUGUAGUGCCACAGUCUCCCUUGUAGUUUCCUGAAGUGCUCGGUCCUUGAAUGCUGGUUUCUGGAUUUCAGCUCUUCACCAUCUCUUAGCGUGUAAUGUCACCAUAUAACCUCCGUACAUCAACAUCAUCCAGGAUUCACCGAGCAGCGAUCCAGCAUCUGACACCACCCCAACCAACCACCACCAUCCACCUUCUACCACCAUGAUCCAACACCACCAUUAAACACUCACUAUGAAUCCUCAAAGCAUCCACUACCACCACCAGGCCUGGGGGGUUAACCCUCAAUUUUCACCGCAUCAGGAUCGAUGGCGAUUUUCGCUGUACGCCAAUUCAUAACGGAUCCGUUUGUGAGGUGAAUUUCAUGGCGGAUUACGGACAGUAAUAAUCGUGAGAACUCACAAGAAAUAGAACUCUUGUGAUCAGCUGAGGAGUCCGGCGAUCCGCAGAGGAACGGAAAGAAGUCGGUGUAAAUUGACACGUUAACUUGAAUGGUUACGAUCAGCUACGAUCGGAGGAUACGACCUUUUAGGAGACGAUCAGGAUGAAGGUGGAGGUCGGGGGUUAAGGUUAGUGUCCCCUAAACUUAUUCUGAGGGCGGGGCCUAGACACCAAACACAAUCAAUGUUCAGCAGCUGCUGCAAUAAGCAGAUCGAUACAUGACCAGGUGAGCUUUCUGACUGACAGCAGGUGAGUCAGUGGGCGGAGCUCCAAAAACCAACAGGAUAUAUUUAGAGUGAAAACAGCUGAGAGUGACUGCAGACUGCAGCGGAGAGAGGAGAGAGAGGCGCCUGCUGCAGAGAACAGACUGUACAAACACACACACACACACACACACACACACACACACACACACACACACACACACACAGGGAGCAGUAAUGUAACGUCAGCAGGUGAAACAUUAUAAACACACAGCUGAUGAGUUCAGGUAGGAUAUGAUGUGUGUGCGUUCAGUCCAUGUUCAGCCCCUCCCCGCUGACUGCAGAGAGGCUGAAGGAUCAAUAACACACUCUGAAUUAUUAAUCAGCUCACGUUCCUCUGAAACACACGCACACACACACACACACACACACACACAGUGAGAGCUGGCUGUAUUGUCUUGAGUAUAGAUCAGUAUCUGUGGAGGUUAACUUUAGUAUAAAUACUGUUUUAUUAACACAUGAAAAUACACUUUACACUGAUACUGAACACACACACACACACAGAGCAGCUGAUCUACACACACACACACACACACACACACACACACACACACACACUGACUGAUCAGACCCAUUCAUGACAUUUGCAAUGAUCUGCAUCAGCUGACGUCUGCGCAGUGUGUGUGUGUGUGUGUGUGUGUGUGUGUGUUUGUGUGUGUGUUAGAAGGUAGUGAUGUAAUUGUCCAGCAGCGUAGGAACACACUGUCGCUCUGCAGAUCAGGGCGUGGUCGAUCAGCUGGUCGGGGGGGGUUGAGUUGGAGAUGCUAAGUGAGGGUCGAUCUCCUCCUGAACAGCUGAUUUUCACACCGUAUUCAUGUAUAAAAAGAAAACUAUCCUGAGAACUUAAAGCCCCAUAAAUCAUUUUUGAAGUUGUAAGAAAAUGUGUGUGUGAGUAAGUGAUAUUGAACAGCUGCAGAGUGACCCUGAUGGGGAUCUGAGAGGACACACUUUUAACUCUGUUUGAGUUAUUUCUGUCCGUCUCUGACCGACGCUCACUGACUCAGACCCUCAGACGGUCUCUGUCCGUCUGCUCUGACCCUAAACUUUGACUCUGACUCUGAGAGGACGGGUUCAAAUGAUUCACACCGAGACUCAGUCCAACACUCUGUCUCUCAGUUUGUCCCUCAGUCUCUAAGAUGAAGACCUAAAAAAUGCAGUUCCUCUUUUGUCCACCAGAGGCUAUUCUUGUAGUGAGUCUAACCCUGACAUAGACUGUUCAUACUCUGGACAACUUGGUUCCUCCUUCCUCCAGUUUACAGAUUUGAAGCCGAAAAGUUCUCGGUAAUUCUGUUUUUUUUCUCCACUUCCUGAAACCAACAUUGUUCAGUAGCGUUUUACACAUUUGGCAUUUAUAUUCUGUGUCAUUCAUUUAUAAAGUUUGUCCACAGCUCCAUAAGGAGGCGGGGUUUAUGACCUAUACUGCAGCCCGUCACCAGAGGGCGCUGUUCUCACAGAGAGGAGGAGGCAGACGGUGUCCAUUCUACACACAGUUUAUAUAUUAUGGACAACGUGGCUCCGCCUCCAAUCAUUGUCUGAAUCUGAAGCCAAAUCUCUCUUGGUAUUUUCUCCAUUUCCGGGUCAGCUGCACCUCUCAUUCGCCAAACUCUAACCUUUAUAUUUUUUUCUUUACAUUAACGCGCUAACUGCCGACUCUGUGAUUUAUCCAACUCUACUACUGAGCCACAGCGGGUAUGGUAAGCAGGGGGCGUGGCCUCACAUGUUAUAAGUUUGAACCAUAAAAAAUAAAACCUGGACUCAAAUUUAUUCCUCGGAAGUCAGAUGUCUGAGCUGAAAUGACGUCACACCCGAGUUCUCAGCGUUUCAGGUACCAAGUUGGAAAAAAGCAAAAUCGGAGGUGGAAAGUUAUUUUCGCACUUGCCUCGUCCGAAUAUAAAGCAAGUGUUAAAAUAGCGUUUAUAGAUGUAGCCCUCUCAUUUCAGGCCUCCAAUUUUACUUUUCAAAUUUUUUUUAAACGGUUUUACGACAUUUGAUUUCUGAGGUAACUCGAACGCAGCAUAGCUCUUCAACUGUAGCUUCACACUCAUCAAAGGUAAAAGCGCCACCUAGUGUUCGAUAUCGGAAUUACAUUCAGAAUACACCAUGUUGUCUUUAUAUUGUCUUUCAUCAUUUAGCGAAAAAACUAAAAAACGAACUCUUUCUGGCUCCAAUAAUAAUCAGAGUCUCUCUGUAACUCAGAGUUAUUUUAGCCUGAAGUUACCCUCCUAAAACGAAACUCCAGAGGGAGCAGAUUAAGAGAAUAAAUCCAUCAUGUGGGUCUGAUAAUCUGUGCUGGAUGGUCAAAUUAAAUGGAUGUAAAUGGAUGAUUUCUCUGUUUUGAUGUCUGCUCAGGUCAGACUGCAGCAGCUCUGUUCUGCAGAGACAUGAUGUUCACUCUCAUGAUCGUGUGUUUCUGCUUUAAAAACCAUGAAGACAUCAUGUUAGAGGGUGGAGUUCAGUCCUCUUUCGUUUGGGGUAAAAUACUCAGAGGUCUGCUGUGAUUCAGGUCAACAACACUCGCUGAGCUGCAUGGAAAGCCUUUUUCUCCUGAUGCACCUGAACGCAGCUCCAUCUCUGCAGCCUUUACAUAAACGUUUCCAUGUCAGACGGUCCGUGAAUGCAGCAGGAGGCGGCAGAUAGCAGAGUGUAGGUGUAGAGCUGGAGCAGCAGGCCUUCAUCAUCCUCAUCCUCAGCAGCAGCAGCAGCAGCAGCAUCCUCAGCCCCUCCCUCCUCCACCUCCUCCUCCUCCUCCUCCUCCCUCCAUCACUGAUCCGCGCUGCCUCUCUCCGCCGUGUCUCCGCUCUCUCUCUCCGGUGUUUCUCCGGCUCAGGCUGCUCGCAGGGCGGGGGAUCGGUCCGCUGCUGCUCGGUUGGACUGUGUCGGUCGGUCGGUCGGUCGGUCGGUCGGUCUGUGGGUCGGUGGUCUUCAGGUGUGGACGUGGACAGGGCUGCAGAGGAAUGUCUGCUUCAUGAUCGGAUCAGUGUGUGAGAUUGAGGCCUGAGACUGCAAACACACACACAGAGAGAGAGACACACAAACACCGUGAGUAACAUCAUUUUAACUCAAACACACACAUUUAGUGUAACAGUCAGUUUAUACAGUAUAUUAGUAUUCUCUAUACGGUAAAUCUGCAUGUGGUGCGUUCACUGUCACAGCGAAAUAGAUGAAAUCCUGAGGUCAUCCUGUAUCAUAGAGCUUUAAAUACACAGAAUUGUCCUUUAAAUGCGUCUUUCUGCUGUGAAUGAGAUUAAAAAAGGAGAGGCAGACCUCCUGACUGACCCUCAUCCUCCUCAUCGGUGUCUGAAGAAACAUCAGGUUUAAAGAUCGUUCAUGAAAACAUGAUGAUCGAUCAGAGCAAGAACCAACGCUGCACAUAUGUUCAUCUGAAUGAAUGAAUGAAUGAAUGAAUGAAUGGUUUUAUUUAUUUCAGUAUUAUAUAUUUGAAAGGAUGCAGGAAGAAGUAAUGCUUAUAAAGACCCUCCCCCUAAACCAAACAUGGAGUCCAUUAUACAGAUACUCUCUUUAUACUAAUAUCAACACUUUAAUCUAUUUUCAAUCUUCAGGUCAGAGAGAGUCAUCAACAUGUUUUACACUUUACAUCCGUCAUCAGACGUCAUUUUCUCGACAAUAUUGAGAAAUAACAUGAUUCUUCUGAAGUCUCUUAAAGUUCACCAGAGUUCUACAUUUUCUCAUGUCCACAGUCGGACCGUCGUUCCAGAUUUUCGUCCCCUUUUUACAGACACACAGAAAUGUUUGACACUUGUUCGCACUUUCAGAAUCAGAAUCAGAGAAUUUCGGUUUCUGUAAAAUCCACAGCCUCUGAGGUUGUAAUGAGAGUCCCUCAGUUUUAACAGGACAUGUUGUGGUAAAGCUCAGUUUUUGACUUUGUACAGGGUUUGUAUUGUGAUCAAAUUAAUUAAUAAUAAUAAUAAAUUUUAUGUAUAACACGCUUUUACAGGAGCUCAAAGACGCUUUACAAAGAAAAAAAGGAUUUAAAAUACAGAAAAUUUUGAGUAAUAAAACCAACAAUGUAAAAGGUUAAAAAAGACACAAUAUGAAAAGACAAUAAAGUUCACAGGUUAAUCUACCAAUCAUCUACAGGUAAACUACUCGGUCUUUGAAUUUUCAUAAAUUUAAGGAAGUUGAUUCACCGUCAUGUUUAUUGCAGAUGACUCUUACGGCUCGCUUUUGUAAAUAUUGAGUUUGUAUUUGUUUUAUAAGUGUUUCCCCAAAUCUAAAUACAAUAAGUCAUGUACAGAGUUGUCAGGGAAUGGUAUAGAGCGGCUCACCCUGUUUUUAAACUAAAUCUUUGUCUUUUUACAGAAUGGAGAUAGAUUUUGACAUUUGACAUGAUUUAUGUCUGAUUUUGGGGGGUUACUGCCGGGGUGUGGACAUUAGGAUGGGCGGUACGUUUGCCCCGUGGUCCAAAUCAUGUCAGCAGAUGAAGGUUAUAAACAUAUGAAUAUAUUUAUAUUUGUGUGUCUGUGAAGAAAGGAUCUAAAGGAGCUGCAGGGUUCGGUGUCGGAAGUGUUCUAGUUUCUGUUUAUCGUCUGAGGAGAAUUAACCAAUCAGGUUUGAGUUAGAGGAGAGAAAUAAAUAAACCUCAACAGGUUUUCCUCCUCAGCAGCUGAGCUUUUCAAGACUGUGUGACAGACAGACAGACAGACAGACAGACAGCUGCAGAAAGAGCCCGGCCCUGAUCCUGAUCCUGAUCCUGAUCCUGAUCUGUAUACCUCUGCUGGAUAUAAAUAGAAAUCUACUAUCUCCAAUCUCUUUUCACUGAUUCUAGACUGCGUUUGGGCUCUAGACCAUGAAAUGGAAGAAUUCUGGUUUUGGUUCAAACGUUUGAGUGUUGACCGAAUAGUUGGUAUGAAGAGCAAAAACAGGAGGAACACAGACCUCCAAAACAACCUCCAGUUCUCAUGAGGAGGAUCUCUGUAUGAAGGUUAGCUAACAUCAAACAUCUACACCAAGACUGGGGCUGAACGAUAUGUGAAAAAGUUUAUCAUGAUAUAUUUGUUUUCCUAUCAGCUGAUAUGGAUCAAUAUCAGGAUAUAAAAAUCUAACCGUGUUUCUUGGUCUCAUGUCUUUUCCAACACAAUAAUCUCCUGCAUCUGUGAGGUCUUUGUGUCUCUUUGGCGUUUUGUCGUAAGGCGUCGCUCUAGAGAAAGCCGACUGAAUGGUCGUCUGUUUCGGCUCCUCGCUCCUCUCGGGGUUUGUAACCUUUUGCGUUGCGCGUGCUCUGCGGCGUGGCGCUGCUUCAGGUGGUGAAAAAGAUUUGAGGUAUUCCCCGACUUUGUGAGAACAUGUACUCGACAUAAUUUACAGUCCACAUUACUCUGCUUCAUGUCCGACCUCCAAAAACCAAAAUACCUCCACACCACCGACGUUUUCCUAACGCCAGUGUUGUGGUUGACAUUGAUGUGGUCAUCUGUUGAGCCUUCAUGGUCAUUUCUGUCGGGGGUAGCACUCAUUUUCUUUGUUUCUCACCAACAGUGCUGUCGGCUUCACCUGUUAAAGUGCUAUGGUUGGGUGGAGCUGCUGUCUGCUACGACGCUGCAGUUGGUUGAUACUUGGUUCUAAUUCAGACCAUGAUUGGUUCAGACCCAGAGAAACUCCCCUUUUCAUUGGCUGUUCGUAUAGUCGACCAAAACAUGUCAGAAUGACGACUGUUGAAAAGCAUAUUGAUCAUGUUUUAUAUUGAUAUUGAGGGAAAUUAGUUUUUGAUAUAUUUCUUUUUGGUUUUAUCGUCCAGCCCUAGGACCAAAACACUAAAAUGACUGAUGAACAGGAGACCAGAGUGAAUCCUCUGAAGAACCUGAACUUGUCCUACCUGUUGUCUUCAUCUCUGUAACUUUAUCUGGCGUCGUGUUUUAAUGCCUGCUCCUCCUCAAAUAAGAGUCCAAUGACCUCUUUAUUUACCAGCAGGUAUAAAAAAGCGUCUCUGUAGUAGAUCUGGAUGGUUAUUCAGGGUUCAGAUCUGUUAGAAAAGGGAACAUGUCUGUGAAUGUCUGUGAUCCAACAUGGCUGCUCCCCGCAUGAUGAUGGUGCAGUUUAGAGUCGGACUGAGGCCUGCAGCUGCUCUGUAAUCCAUCCGAGAGGUAAAAGCUCUCUGAUUCAUGGAGCUGUACUCUCUACUCGCUCUGCAUCCGUGUUUUCGGUUCAGUAGAUUUGGGUGACCUGAUUUUAAAGCUGCAGAAGAAAAAGAAGCAGCGGCGGCUCCUGCUCUCGCAGUCUUUGAGUCUCUGGGUGUGAGAGCUGCAGGCGGCAGCUGAGAGUUCAGAGCUCUGAUCAUGUCAUCAUUUCUCAGAGAGCAGGAUUAGGCCGACUCUGUGAAUAACCUCAGACUGAUGCAACAGCAGAGACUAAAAAUAGAGACGGACACAGACGGACGGACGGACAGCUCAGAUAAUCUGCACAAACUCACGCAACAGAGUUGAUUUAUCUGUUAUUAGUGUGAGGGUGAUCUGAUAAUCAACGUCUGUGAUCGCUGAUAAAGAUCGACACUUCUGUUAUCGCUCUACUCAGUGAUGGGAGAUCUGAUCCAAUCAAAACCUUCAGAUUAUUGACAGUUAUAUUCAGAGGCUCAUGAGAAGAAAGUCAAAAUAAUGUAUGAUUCUUUAGUCCGACAUCAGCCAGACGACGAUGAGAGAAAAAUCAUGGCUGCUGUUUGUCCACAGACUCUGCAGACGUCUUCAUGAGUCAGGUCAUUGACCGCUCUGUUCAGAGAGGGUGGAGCACACCUGUCCUCCAUCCUGCUAUAGUUGGGUGUAGCUGCUGUCUGCUACGACUUUGCAGUUGUUUGACAUUUGGUUGUAAUUCAGCACAUGAUUGGUUCAGACCCGGAGAAACUCCCCUUUUCAUUGGCUGUUCGUAUAGUCGACCAAAACAUCGCAGAAUGACGACUAUUGAAAAGGAUAUUGAUCAUGUUUGAUAUUGAUAUUGAGGGACAUUAGUUUUUGACAUAUAUCAUUAUCGUUUUAUCGCCCAGCCCUACAUCUUUGCAAACCUAAGAAGGAUCAGACCAUACAGCGUAUAAAAAACCCUAAAUAUUAGUUUGAAAGUGGUAGAAGAAUCUGGAUCUGUUCAGGUCUGCAGAUACGGACUGAACCUUUCCUGGUCCAGAUUUAGUUCCUGGUGUUUUUAGACCUUGAUUCUGGUUCCAGCAGACGGUCACAGGGCCGUGUUUUAUUUUGACGAGCUUGACAGGAAGUAGUUGAAAUGUCCUUGAGUGUUCUUCAUCCUUCAUUGAGGAGGAGGAGGACUGGGGGAGGACUGAGGAUCAGGUUUCCCUGACAACAACAGAUACCCCCCCCCCCCCCCCCCCUCCUGAGAGCUCCCAGCAUGCUUUAGGGCAGUCAGAGUGCUGAUCUCAGCAGCUUCAGAAGGAGAGAGUAGAUGGAGACAGGAGAGCAGAUCACUCUCACAUCCACCUGAGCACAUCCUGAUCUGUUCUCCUCCAGGUGUGUUACUGCAGGUGUGUUUUCACUGGAGGGUUUCUGCAUCAUUCAUACACUGUACUGACUCCUGAUCUCACACCUGUACCUGACUGAGAUGAUGCUGCAAACAGAAGUGUGAGAACACACGCUGCUCUGUCAGAUCUUGUCGGCUCUGUUGAAGCUCACAGUGUUCACUGGUUUGUAAAUCUGUUAUCAAGCUGUUAGUCCAGGUGAGAAGGAGAUCAGGUACCUGACCUUACAGGAGAGGGUUCAAAGGUCAUUCUGCUGCUUUGACACACAAAGUCAAGGUCGUUUUUUUCACCUCUUUUUGAGUCACUUUAGUUUUGCAGACACACUCAUCUUCACGCUGAAUGAUCCUGCUCUCUGUUAUCCUGCAGGAUCCAAUUAAUGGUUUCAUAUUGGAGUUAUUGAAGUUUCCUUGUUUGUACAUGAAAAUUUUAAACAGAUUUGAAUGUUAUUUUAUUAAUUGUUGAUCCAUCCAGCCCGGUGAAGCUGCUCUCUGAUUGGACUCAGAGCUGGUCCUCGGACUCUUUAAACCCUCUGACAGUUUGUGAGCGAGCGCUGAGAUAUGAAGCCGUCAGAUUAAAGAGGUUAAAGUUAAUUAACAUAAUAAGCUGCUCAGUCUGCUGGAGGACCACAGAGCGGUCACUUUAACAGAGCUGACACUAAACUCAAGUAUCUGUGUGGAUGAAAUCCUGAACCGUUUAACAGGAAUUCAGAGGCUGAAAAUAACUACAUAAAAAAAACUGGGAAUGUUAAAAAUGUCCAGACUGACAUAAAAAAUCCACAGAAAGAGCUUUAAAUAAUGACAGAGGAGAUAUCUGUAUUUAAAUGUAAAGCAAAAACAAAGCUGGUGUUCCUAUUUUUUUUUUAUUUAUUAUGUGUAAAUAAGAACAUAUAUCUUUUUAUAUGUGCUUUUAUUUAUUUGGUUUUUAUUCCACUACCACUCUACCUCCAGAAAGUGCAAUAUUACUCAGCAUGCUGCUAUUUUACCCUUAGUUUUAAUUUGAUUUUUUCUGAACAUUAAAUUAAAACUAUCAUGCUGUGAUAUGGAAGACAAACAAUGAUGUUUCAUUAAAGAGAGACAUGACUGCUGUGUUAUAUUCUGUGCAAUGACAAAUAAAGAAAGUCUAAAUCUAAAUCUUUAAACAGAGCUCUGACAAACUCUGGUUUUAUUUUGAAGGAGUCAUUUUCAGCUGGUGUUUGAUAAAUGGUACUUUAUUUUGAAGAAGUCGUUUUCAGUUGGUGUUUACUGAUUUAUAUUUUAUUUUGGAGGAGUCGUUUUCAGCUGGUGUUUAAUGAUUGGUACUUUAUUUUGAAGGAGUCAGCUGGUGUUUAACCAUGGUACUUUAUUUUGAAGGAGUCGUUUUCAGCUGGUGUUUAAUGAUUGGUAUUUUAUUUUGAAGGAGUCUUUUCAGCUGGUGUUUGAUAAAUGGUACUUUAUUUUAAAGGAGUCAGCUGGUGUUUAACCAUGGUACUUUAUUUUGAAGGAGUCGUUUUCAGUUGGUGUUUACUGAUUUAUAUUUUAUUUUGAAGGAGUCAGCUGGUGUUUAAUGAUUGGUAUUUUAUUUUGAAGGAGUCAGCUGGUGUUUAAUGAUUGGUAUUUUAUUUUGAAGGAGUCAGCUGGUGUUUAAUGAUUGGUAUUUUAUUUUGAAGGAGUCAGCUGGUGUUUAAUGAUUUAUAUUUUAUUUUGAAGGAGUCAGCUGGUGUUUAAUGAUUGGUAUUUUAUUUUGAAGAAGUCAGCUGGUGUUUAAUGAUUGGUAUUUUAUUUUGAAGGAGUCGUUUUCAGCUGGUGUUUAGUGAUUGGUAUUUUAUUUUGAAGGAGUCGUUUUCAGCUGGUGUUAAGUGAUUGGUAUUUUAUUUUGAAGGAGUCAGCUGGUGUUUAAUGAUUGGUAUUUUAUUUUGAAGGAGUCAGCUGGUGUUUAGUGAUUGGUAUUUUAUUUUGAAGGAGUCAGCUGGUGUUUAAUGAUUGGUACUUUAUUUUGAAGGAGUCAGCUGGUGUUUAAUGAUUGGUACUUUAUUUUGAAGGAGUCAGCUGGUGUGAUUGGUCCUGCUGAUUCACUCAGAGUCAAAGUGACUCACAGACUCGCACUGAGACUGAAAUCUGUUUUUCUCAAAGACUGAAUCAGACUCUAUUUACAGAUCAGCAGCAGCAGCUCGGCUCACAAUCCUACAGUUACUGUUUACAAUCACCCAUUAACCAAUCACAGUCCACCGUUUAGACACCUCCCCCUUCUGAUUGAUCCAGGCCAAACGAACCAAUCACACUCAACUGCAAGCGGAGCUCCACCCCUUCACCUCUGACUCCUCAUGCUCUCCUCGGUCUGUCAGGAUGUUCGCUCUCAAACAUCUCAGACAGAAAACUGUGAACUGUCUAAACGUGUACAUCUGUCAGUCACACUAAAACAGUUUUUUUAGGGCAGCAAACAUGUAAACAAAUAAAAACAAACAAACUAGAAAAAACAUCAAGAAGACGUGUGAAAACAAGCGCGAUAACCGUUCAAUUCUUACUCAAACACAACGUGAGACGUUUGAGAUCCUGACGGUCUGCUGCACUUCACUUUGGUUCCUCACUGAUUAAAUAAAAACUGGAUAUUUAACAUAAACGUUUGAUAACCUGCUCCAUGUUUGAAUCAAACACUGAUCAGAGGAACCGUUCCCUUUAAUGAUUCAGUGAUUCGUUUACUGCAGAGAAACCCCCGUGACCCCGUAACAAAACCCCAGAGUAGAGGAGUAGCGUUGGUCUCACCUUUAGUGUCAUGUCGGACAAAAACAACGCUGUACGAUGCUCCAUCUUCUUGUUUCUCCAAAAUGCCCAGCAGCAGUUGUAGACACUUCUGACGUCUGACACCGACCUGCUGUUGUUGUUGACGGUUGGAUGGGGUCGGAAACAGCGCCGCUGAAAAGACCCAUAUCGCCCCCUAGUGUUGGGGAGGAGGACACUUUCACAUCAAUAAAAAAAACGUAUUAUGAUCCGAUGAGCUGUGCCUUAAACGUACUGAGUGUCAUCUGAAGACAGCAGCAGUCAGCUGGUUCAUCCUCUGGAGGACAUGCAUCUACAGCAGCUGCUGGGACGCUUCAGUCUUCUGGUGUUUUUCAGUCUGUCUCCAGAAUAAAUCAAACAUUUGAAAUGGAUCAUAUCAAACUAUGUUUCCAUGACGACCACCUUUAAUGUGCUAAUAAUCUCAGCAGGGCUGAUAAUUUCCCUCAUGAAUGCCCGUCAGCUCUGCAGCUGAGACAUGUCUGCACCUUCAGACUGGAUAAAAACGGACACGGUUUGUUCUUUCAAAGAGUCAGGUGAGCAUGUCUCAUCAGUUUACGAACAGGUAACAGGCUGUCACUGUACUGAGCUCCAGGAUGGUUUAUUUGGUUUAUUCUGGUUUAUUUCCAAACCUCCCCGGACAGAGGACAAACCAGAGACUUUGAUUCAGGUCUGAGGAGACUGAGCGGUGAUUUCAGAGCGGAUCAGACGGGUUUGGAAACGGUGUGAAUGAGGGAUGUGAGCCGUGUAAAAGGUUAACAAGAGAGGGAAUAUUAGACGAGAUACACAGGGACUGACUCCUACAAAAUAAAACAGGAAACACUAAAAACUAAACUGAGAAACCAAACAGUAAAAAAAACAAAAAAAAAAACAGGAACAUAAAAAUAAUGAAAACAGAGGAGCAGGAACAACAGGGAACAACUACAAUGUUUUUACUCUCAGGGAUGUGAGUCCUCUGGAUUAUAUUUUAGUGGUUUAUAUGUUGGAUUAUAUUUUAGUGGUUUAUAUGUUGGAUUAUAUUUUAGUGGUUUAUAUGUUGGAUUAUAUUUUAGUGGUUUAUAUGUUGGAUUAUAUUUUAGUGGAUUAUAUGUUGGAUUAUAUUUUAGUGGUUUAUAUGUUGGAUUAUAUUUUAGUGGUUUACAUGUUGGAUUAUAUUUUAGUGGAUUACAUGUUGGAUUUUAUUUUAGUGGAUUAUUCGUGUUUCCUCUGUCUUGUGAUUCUGUCUCUUAGCUUCAUUAAGUCAAUGACUCUCUUUCUGCUCCCGAGGAUGAGGAGGACGAGGAGGAGGAUGUAGGACAGAGUGGGUGUUCGAAGCUUUAAGGAAUAAAUCCAGGCAGAGCCCACACACUUGCCCCCCCCUGGUGCAUGCUGGGAAGUGUAGUCCAGUUCCUGCUGUCUGUGUUGGUGGAUGCCUGAGGCCUGUGUCUAAAUAUAAACCCUGUCCUGUUUCUGUCAGUCUGUCCUCACAUGAAUCUCGGCUGUUUGCACAAAAUUUUCACAAGCAGCAGAAACACGACAAAAACAGAGACGAUGUACGGUCAGUGGGUGGUUGGAGAUAAUGUUGGAUUGGUGGAGAAUUAAUCGAUGAUUAUGGAUAAACACAUGGUUAUGAAGCUGUUAGGAAUAAUACCAUGUCAGCAGGUUAGGUAUAGUGUGAAGGGGAAUGUAGUGGCUGGUUGGGGAUAAUGUAUUAGUGGGUAGUUAAGGAGAAUGUAUGGUAAGGGAUAAUGUGUAGCUAGUGUGCGGUAAUGCUAAUAAUGGGCGGUAGAGGAACAUGUAUGGUUUGGGGGAAGUUAGGGAUAGGGAGUGAUUCGUUCGAGGUGAGGGAUAAGUGUAGGUUCGGUUGGUCGUCUGGAAAAGUGAAACAUUAAUAAUUGAAGGUCUUGAAGGAUCCUCAGGGGGGUGAAACCAGAAAAAAUCAUCUGGUGUAUUUAUUAAAGUCCUGGUAGAUCAGAAAAAAGUGUCCUUCCCCCCCACCCCACACACACAAACCUCUGUGUUCCUCCAUAACUCCGCCCCCUGAACCUGUACCGCCCUCCCCCUGACACACCCCCUCUGUCAGAAGAUCCUACGCUAGCUUCAAAUAGGAUUCACCAUGUCGGAUUGUUAGUGACUAGCGGCAGUAAACGCCAGCUCUGCGAGCGAGCGCCGUCUGCAGCUGCCUGGACAGCUACCGUGUUGACAUGUCAGAGACUAAUCAGAGUUAUUUAUGUAACAUGAGAUAAAAGGAGAUAAAAAUGACCUGUUCAACUAAAACUCUGCUGUCUCAGCGUCUGUUUUCUCCACCGCUCCAAGGAUGACCCGAUGGUUAUUCACGUUAGAUUCCUCGUGUGGUCACAUGUCCUCUUUGACUCCGCCCUUUCUUCUGUCGGCGUUUGCGUUUUCUUCCCACUCUUGGCGGUGGGGCGAGCAGAAGUGUUUGUUUUUUUUUUGCGUCCUUCUCCAUCACAGCUCCUGUAGCUAAGCUGCUACGCUACUUUUACUCCGAGGAGGGCCGAGGGGAAAGUCCCGCCUCCUUCCCGCCUCAUCACACGCUCAAGCCAAAUGUUCUGUACAUCGAACAGAAUAUUAGGAGGUGAAGGAGGGCAGGGCCUUCUCCUACCGUCCUACAAAAAAAAAAAUUGUGGCCGGGAGAGUGGGAGGGGACGAGUCGGAACUACGGUGAUUGGAUGGAGAGGCGGAGCAGGAGAUUGACCAAUGGGAGCUGUCGGGGACGGUUGCAGCCUAGCACCUGAUAGGGUGAACAGAUUUUUUCUGUUCUUUAUUCUCUUCACUUUGCAGAGAUCACACGAUAGGACCAUGAUCGCCAUAGAAACCAGGUUCAUAAUAAUUACCGAUCUCUACAAUCGUCAACCAUGACUUUAAAUUUGGGAUUCAGGCGGAGGUGAAAGCUGUCCUCAGAUUAAAUUGGUCUCUCUCUCUCUCUCUCCCUCUCUCUCUCUCUCUCUCUCUCUCUCUCUCUCUCUCUCUCUCUCUCUCUCUCUCUCUCUCUCUCUCUCUCUCUCUCUCUCUCUCCCUCUCUCCCUCACAGUCAGGCUCUAAACCUUCUUCCUCAGUCAGUUAGAGCUCCAGAAACAGAGAAACAGAGAGAGUACUGGGUGUUCUGGUGAACUCUGACCCACUGAGCUCAGACCGACUCUGAGGUCUGAAUGGACUGAUUGUUAAACCAUGAAUAGAUUCAGGAUCCGGACCUGCUGGCACCGUGUUCACUCCUCCCCCUCUUUGUGUGACAGAGAGGAUCAGCUUUAGUGUGAAGGGCCAUUACACUCCUCUCCAUGAAACCACUGUAGAUCCACCGUCUCAGAGUGAGCCGUGCUCUGAUUCAUAUUUUCAUAAAUCUCAGACUACACAGAUGUUAAACCAGUGUUCGUUCUGACAUUAUAACACUGCUGUCAGAUGUUUAUUUUUCUCCUGUUAAAGUAGUCCAUUAUACUCAUGGUUAUAGCUGUUUCCAUGGUAACAGUAAACUCACUGAUUUUAUGAAAAGAACCAACAUAGCUGUUUUAACUGCUGUUGUCCAUUCGUAGGGUUGACUCCCUAAGAGUCUGUGUUUGAAGCUGUAUCCAUAGCAACAGUCAUGACAACCUUCUGCUGAAGAGAAAUAACAGACCUCUGACAUUAAGUUGUGGUAACUGCUGUGCAAUGAUGGAGCUCCAUUGGCUACGUUACGUUAUGUUAUAUAAUACAAUAUUAUAGUAACAUGAUGUAACAUAAUCUUACAUAACAAAAUACAACAUGACUUAUCAGACUAUGAAAUAACAACGUAACAUAACAUUACAUAAUAUGAUAAAAUUAAACAUGACAUGACAUUAGAAAACAUGACUUAACAUAAAAUACCAUGACAAGUUAUAACUAAUGUUGCGUCAUGUCAUGUUGGAUUAUUUAAUAUUUUUGUUGUGUUUGAAACAUUAUGUUGUAUAACCUGAGGCUGUGUUAUAGUAAGUUAUGCUUUGUCAUGUUGUUUUGUCCUAUUAUGUUUCGCUAUGCUAUGGUCUGAUUUGUAAUGAGAUGUUUUAUUAUAUUAUGUUAUGAUACGUCGUAUUGUGUGAUGUUCUAUUAUGUCCUAUUAUGUUAUGUUAUGUUAUGUUAUGUUAUUAUGUUAUGUAAUGUUAUUAUAUGUUAUUUUAUGUUAUGUUAUUAUGUUAUGUUAUAUUAUGUUAUUAUGUUAUAAUAAUAAUAAUGCAUCAGAUUUCAUAUAGCGCUUUAUCAGAGACCCUCAAAGCGCUUUACAUUGGAUACAUCAUUCAUAUUAUACAUAUUAUAUGUUAUGUUAUGUUAUAUUAUGUUAUGUAAUGUUAUGUUAUGUUAUUAUAUGUUAUUAUAUGUUAUAUUAUUAUGUUAUGUAAUGUUAUGUUAUGUUAUUAUAUGUUAUAUUAUUAUGUUAUGUAAUGUUAUGUUAUGUUAUUAUAUGUUAUAUUAUGUUAUGUAAUGUUAUGUUAUGUUAUUAUAUGUUAUGUUAUGUUAUAUUAUAUGUUAUGUUAUUAUAUGUUAUGUUAUAUUAUGUUAUUAUAUGUUACUCUUUGUUAUGUUAUGUUAUGUAAUGUUAUGUUAUAUUAUGUUAUUAUAUGUUAUGUUAUGUUAUAUUAUGUUAUGUAAUGUUAUUAUAUGUUAUUUUAUGUUAUGUUAUGUUAUAUUAUGUUAUGUAAUGUUAUUAUAUGUUAUUUUAUGUUAUGUUAUGUUAUAUUAUGUUAUGUAAUGUUAUUAUAUGUUAUUUUAUGUUAUGUUAUUAUAUGUUAUGUUAUAUUAUGUUAUUAUAUGUUAUGUUAUGUUAUAUUAUGUUAUUAUAUGUUAUGUUAUGUUAUAUUAUGUUAUAUUAUGUUAUGUUAUAUUAUGUUAUGUUAUGUUAUAUUAUGUUAUGUUAUAUUAUGUUAUGUUAUUAUGUUAUGGUGAAAUCCAGAGUCCCUGUCAUGGUUUGAUCAGCUCGUCUCUGUUUGCUGAGUAUCUGGCAUUCUCAGACUGUGACUCUUAGUCAGGAUGUGGGUCAGGCCUUUAAACUUUCACACUCUGUAUUUGUGUUUCUGAUGCUGGUCUAAUGGAUGCUAAAUGUUAGCAUGUGCUGAUUGGUCCUGACUCUUACCUGUCCUCAGGUGUAGCUGCAGUUCAAACCUGAAUCACAGGCCCGAUGGUCUCUGUGAUCUUUGACUCGUCAGUUUCUCGUGGCGUGCCGAGCAGAUGUUUGCGCUCUGGUUUGUUAGGUUUGAUGAAAUAAAGUCUCUCUGCUCGCUGAUGUUGUGUAGGAGGAUGAAGAGUCUAAAUAUAGAUGAGUGAUGAAGCUCCUCUUCAUCCUCUUCACCUCCUGCACCAUGUGACCACCCCCCCCAACAGAAAUGCUGCAAUGCGUCUCCUUGCUCAGACUGGGUCAGUGUAACUCAGCUGGCAGCUACAGCCUGAGAGAGGCGUCGCCAUGACAACAGCCAAUCAGGGGUUAGUGUUAGAGAUUGUACUCAGUGUUAUUGUUGUGAAUGUUCGACAAAAGAGUGAUUUCCAGGAUGAAGAAGGUCGGGAGGAGGGCGGGAAGUGAGCGUGAGAGGAGACGGGCAGGGUGGAGGAUGAUCAGACCUGAGUGUGAAGAGAGGGAGGGAGAGGGAGGGAGAGGGAGACAGAGAGGGAGAGAGGGAGAGGAUGAUGGUGUCAGCAGAUGCUGGAAACAGGGCGUUAUUCUCUCAGUAAAUACAGUCACACCGUGUUCCUCACAGAGAUCUUGUUUUUAUGCUGAAGAGCUAAGAUCAGAUUCAGAGCUGCGUCAGACGUCAGCAUGUUCUCAGGAAAUUCAGUCAUUAUUAAAUAUCCUCUUCAUAUGAUAAACUGAUCCCCCCUGUUCAUUCUGGACCCUCAUGAUAGGAUGGUCAGGGUGAGACGUGUGUUUAAUGAGCUGAACUGAUGAUAGCUUUGAGUAAAUGUUCAAACCCACUAUAGAGAGUAAUGAGAGGACAGCUGAAAGGUGGAGGGGUGAGUUAUUUCUUAUGUGAAAGUGUUGAAUAUAAGAUGGCUGCACAGUGACCUCCUCUCUGAAACACUAGCUUCUUAUUUCUUGGUGGUGAGAUGACGUUAUCUCCGGAAAGACUGAGGCGUUCCUGCAGAAGUGUGAGGGGUUGUUUCUCCAGGAGCAGACGGUUUCCACUCUUUUCUCCUGGUCCGUAUCCGUCCCAUCGUCCUCACCUUGUCUGCUCUGUGUCUCCUCAGGUCAGAGGACUCUGCAGUAUCAGAGUGACGUGUUACAGACUGUGGUGCUGGUGAACCCGUCAGAAGAGGCCGCUGCUUCAGAGGUGAGUCCCCCUUCAUUCCUGUUUGACAUCAACAUUUCAUCCCUCUUAUCCUCGUUUUUGUCGUACUUGUCCAGUGACGAUAAAGAUAUCCCGAUUGUCUCGAUUGUCCUCACAGAUUCGCUCUCUGGUCACCGACUCUGCGGGGCAGAAGCUGCUGGUUCUGAGCGGCCAGAGUUCUGAGCAGGGAGGAGACAUCCUACUGCAGGGUGGAGCGUUCACCUGGCAGCACUUCUCAGACAUCAUCUCAGACCCUGAAGUAAGCAGAGCGCCCCCUCUCUGUAGAGCACACAAACCCUACAAAAACAAGCUUCUGAUGUGACUGUUUGUGUGAUUGCAGGUGAUUGAGCUCCUCUCCAGGUCCUCCUCACCACAGCCGUCCAGGCUUACUGUUUCCUGUCAGGGGGACGGGGGCUGGAGCUCCCUGGGCCAAAGCCAGGAGCAGCAGUCACUGCAAAAUAUUCUUGAAUACCGUCUGAACCCUGAACCCCACCUCCCCAACAUGGACGGAGUCACAGAGUUCACGGAGUACGUCUCAGAGACAGUGGAAGUGCCGUCAUCCUUCGACCUCUUGGAGCCCCCCACCUCUGGAGGUUUUCUGAAGCUGUCCAAACCCUGCUGCUACAUCUUCCCCGGAGGUAGGGGGGACUCUGCUCUGUUCGCUGUCAACGGAUUCAACAUCUUGGUGGAUGGAGGAUCUGAUCGCAAGUCUUGCUUCUGGAAACUGGUCCGCCACCUGGACAGGAUCGACUCCGUCCUGCUCACACACAUUGGUGCAGACAACCUUCCAGGCAUUAACGGGCUGUUCCAGAGAAAGAUUGCUGAGCAGGAGGAGGAACGCAACCAAGGGUCGGGUUCAAGCAAUGGAGACUGGAUGAAGAAUCUGAUCUCUCCCGAGCUGGGCAUUGUGUUUUUUAACGUCCCAGAGAAGCUCCGGAUGCCUGAGUCCACGCUGAAGGUGAAGCGAAGCAUUGAGGAAGCGUCUCUCACUCUGCAGUACCUCAAUAAGCUCGGAAUCACACCAGAGCCUCUUCACAGGGUUGUCAGCAACACCAUCGAACCCAUCACGCUCUUCCACAAACUGGGAGUGGGAAAGUUGGACAUGUAUGUCUUAAACCCUGUCAAGGAAAGCAAAGAGAUGCAGUUUCUCAUGCAGAAAUGGGCCGGGAACAGCAAAGCCAAGACCGGGAUCACACUGCCCAACGGCAAAGAAGGCGAGAUAUCCGUCCCCUAUUUGACUUCAGUGACGGCACUCAUUGUCUGGAUCCCCCACCGUCCCUCAGAAAAGAUUGUCAGGGUGCUCUUCCCUGGAAACGCCCCACAGAAUAAAAUCUUUGAGGGCCUGGAGAAACUGAAACACCUGGACUACCUGCGAUACCCCGUGGCCACCCAAAAAGACAUAUCAUCAGGUGCUGCUCCGCCCAUCCUCAAACAGACGAAAAUAAGAUCAAGGACCGACAGCAAAGAGAGUCUCAAAUCUUCACCCAAACCGCACUCCAAGACCACCAAGAAAGACGGGCAGGAGGACGAGUCAAAGAGCAACAUCUCCAAAGAGAAUAAAGGAGAGAAGAAGGAAGAGAAGAAACAGAAGAGUGAAAGUCUGAAAGCCACCAAACAACAGAAAAACAGUGAGGUGGCCCCCGCUGCGGACAAAAAGUCAGAGAAGAAGAAAAUAUCCAAGGACAAAGCUGCCAAGAAGGAAAAGGCAUCCAAGAUGGAUGAAAAGAAGGACAAGGAGAAGAAAGAAAUCAAGAAAGAGAGAAAAGAGGUAAAGAAAGAUGAAAAUAUAAGGAAGGAAGAGAAAAAAGAAAGCAAAGCCAAAGAGGACAAAAAGAAGGACCCGAGUAAACCCGAGCUGAGAAAAAUAACCAAACCUGACCUGAAGCCGCUCACACCUGAGGUUCGAAAAACUCUGCAUAAAGCCAAGACUCAAGCAAAGCCCAAGACGGACAAAAACAAAGCAGCGAAAGAAGGAGACAGUGAGAAAAAACCCGCCAAGAAGAACAUCCCUGAGGAGGUGGCAGCAGCAGCUUUGGCUGACAGGUCCAUCGUGUCCUCUCCAGAGGACCUGACUGAGGACUUUGAGGCUCUGAAACAAGAACAGCAGUCCAAAGGAAAGAGUGUGCCGAUCCAGAACGACGUGAUCUCUGGACAUGGUCUGGACACAAAUAUUUCCUCUUUGAUUUUCCCAGAUGAAAAAGUCACACCCAGAGCCACUGAAACCAAACCUCCUUCACCCAAAUCCCCCGACCAAAAGGACAAAGACAAGACAGCAUCAGGACAGGCUGCAGGCAUGGCAAGCUUUGGCUUUGACAAGAAGUAUGAGGAGGAGAAAAUGGAGAAAUACGACAAAUACCCUGUGAAGACCGACAUAAAAGACAGAUCCAAGAAGAGCGAGAGUUCAGAGGAGGAGGGCGACGUCAUUGAGAAAGCUGAACUCGAAGGAACAGAGGAUGAGGAGGUCCUAAAGUAUAAAACAGAAGAGGUGAAGAAGGACAAAACUGUGAAGGAGUGGGAUACCAAGCCCAGUGAUCUAAAACCUCCAUCAGCCACAGCACCUCCUGGACAGGUCCCAGCGUCUGCCUCAGACCAGUUCUCCUACAUCCAAGACGAGACCAUCCCUGGUUACUCUGAGACUGAGCAGACCAUCUCUGAUGAGGAGAUCCACGAGGACACGGAGGACAGGAUCCCACAGCUUCGCUAUGACGUGGGCUCCUACGAUGUCUCUGUCCCUGAUGUCCCAGGCACCUUUGACUCCAUGCAUGGUAUAAAGGAGAUGAAGAGUUCUGCUGUCUCUGAUGUCAAACCCAAAACCUUUGUGGGAGGUCAGGAGCCUGAGCUCGCUCCUUACCCCGCCAUCAUUGCUGCUCCUCUUGCAGAGGAGGAGCACAUCUCCUCUGCCACCUCCAUCACAGAUUAUGACAAACUGUCAUCCUUCGCCACAUCAGUCGCCGAGGACCAGUCGAUCACCUCUGUGACGGCCCCUCAGACCGAGGAUGCUGGGAGGAACUCUCUCAUGCUUGACACCAUGAACAGCGCUCUCUCUCGCCCCGAUGCCAUCCAGGGUAAGGACUAUCUGCACUCAGCAGGAACCAUCUCUCCCACCUCCUCUCUGGAGGACGACAAAUGCUUCAAGUCUCCUUCUUCUGAUGAGCCCAACAUUCCUGAGAUUGAGGCUGAUUCCAAGGUCAAGGCAGUCCAUGAGGAAGAUGAUGAUGAGGAAGAAGAGGACGAGGACCAGACUCCCAAUGUUGACAUCCCUCUGGGUAAGCUCCAGGAGGGUUAUGAACACGCCGCCUCCAUGAUGCUCCAGCAGAAAGAGAAAUCUCCCUCGGCACCUCCUCCCCCCUUCACCACACAGGCUGCCAAGGAAAACCAGAGUCUCUUCAGUCUGAAGACUGUUUCACCCCCUCCAUCCUUCUCCUUGGGUUUUGAGUCCCACUCCAGGCAGGAGAGCGAGGAAAGAUGUGUGAGUCCAGAUGACAGCACCAUGAGACUGGCCUCCCCAACACAGUCUGUGCCCACAAGCAGCGGUUACUCUCCGACCGAGGAGAAACCUUUCAGGACGGAGGACAGAGAAGAUGCAGGGACCAACGCUAAAGCUGAUGCCCAGAAAUCAGUCACUAUCUCUGACAACACCUCCUUCAUGGGACUGCCCGGUGACAAAACAGCCACUGAAGCCUCGGAAGAAUCAGAGGAGGAUGAGGAUGUGGUUGUGGACGGGUGUUACGACAAAAAGGAUCUAAAACCGACCGUCACGGCCAAACUCAUGGAGGCGAAGGAGGGAUGCUUCUUGGAUGAUGACUUCACCUUUGAGACGAAAUCUGCAAAGAGCGAAACGGAGGUCAAGACUUCGGACAAAACACAGGUGUCAAUCAGCAUCACGGAGAAAACAAAACCUCAGGUGAUGUACUCAGAUGAAGAGGAAGAUGAGGAUGAAGAUGAAAGAGAUGAUGAUUUUCCAACUGGAGGAGGGUCCAAGCCCAUAUCAACAGAUAGUGGUGCAGACAAGAGUGACGGCUCUUUAAAAGAGCCCGAGAGAAGUGUUCACUUUAGCCUCUAUGACUUUCCUGAGAAGGAGGCCAAAGAGAAAGCAGUGUACAUCAGACAGGACACACCCUACGUCCACGGAAAGACAUUCUCCUACAGCGACGUUUACGACAGCAAGAACAGCUCCAUGGACUCUGACUCCUACCGCCAGGAGUCUCUGGAUAAAACAGACAAGGACCACGCCAAAGAUGAGGGAGACUCAAAGAAACAGGACCUCCCCUCUCCAUUGACAACAACAACCAAGACGCCAGUAACAGAAGGAUUCACCUCCUUCUCUGCCUCCUCCUGGCUGGACUCUAAGAGCUCCUCUCCUCCGUUUGAAAAGGAAGUCAAAGACAAGGAGUUGUUUGAUUACAGCUCAGGGAGCCGAUUCCCAUCAGUGGCUGAUCGCCCCGAGGCCUCAUCCACCUCCUUAUCGUCAAAGAAAGACUUUUUGGCUGACGGCACAAAGCCCCUCACCUCCUCCCUGACGGACCAAGACAAAGCCGCCGUCACAGGCUACGGCGAGAAAGGAGCCUGUCUAGAGAUUGACAUGCGUAAGCUUACAGCAAGAGAUGAGGAGGACUACGAUGAUGAUGUUGUUGAUGAAGAUGAUGAUGAUGAUGAGGAGGAGGAAGAUGAGGAUGAGGAUGAAGGUGCUGUUGAUUCUGAUAUGGAAAAAGGGGCCAAAGAGAAGUCUGAGAAGGAAGUGAAGAGUCCAUGCAGUGAGCUGCUGGGGUCUAACCGUCCUGAGUUCAUGGUUUCCAUGGCGGGGUACGGGUACAACAGCCAGGGGAGGCCCAGCCAGACGGACAGCAGCUACAGCUCCAACAAGGCUGACUCUGCAUCCUUCAACCAAAAACCAACAGAGUUAGGGGCUACGGGAUUCUCAGCGGGCUACUCCUCGGGGUAUGAGUACUCAUAUGGAGGUGCUGUGAAGGACUCAUUUUCAGCCAAGCAGGGUGUAGACCAAGGCAAAGAGGAUCUCACUCUGAAAUCCACACAGGACACUUAUUACCAGAAAGACAGACCUGAUCCUGAGUUUGAGAAGCAGAAGACCCCAGACCUUCUGAGUAAGACAUCCCUAGACACAAGCUUCCAGUACACCACCACUGCGGGUCCUGGUUACUCCUCCUCUUCAGCCUACAGCUACUCCUCCUCCACCUCCGGCUCCCUCUCCACCAGCCGUCAGUUUGGAGAGGAGCUGGAGACGCCUGCAGAGCCCAUCUUUGAGUACUCUUCCUUUAAAGAUGAACACUCACCUGCUGUAGACUCUCCUUUCUCCAGCGCUGCUGCCACCAAAGAUGACUACAUAGAAGUGUCUGAAAAACAGAUGACCUCUACCAUCACCGCUGAGCCCUCCUCCGGUCUAGCCCGAUUCACACCCCUCUGCCCGUUUGAUGAGAUCCCCUCACUUCCACCCACUCUGUUAGCUGGGGAUAAAAAGGGUCCGGUCACUUCGUUAGGUGAAGACAGAGACAAAGGCCCUCAGUCAGACUGCUUCUAUAAGCCUGAAUGGUCUGAAGGGUCCAAGCUGGACUCAGCUGUUGGCUUUGGGGCCACAGCAGGGCCGUUCGCUCCUCCUGCAGAGUUUUCCAAGGACAAAGAGGCAGCCAGUGCAGCUCUGUUCGGGGUCACAUCCUCACCGCGCCCUGACAUCGAGGGUAAACAUUACUUUGAGGAGACUGAGAGCAGCGAGGAGGAGGAGGAGGACGAGGAGGCCUACAUGCGUGAGAUGACUCGCAGCUCACCGUCCAGCACUCUGGCUGGUAACCUCUCAUGUUCAGACAAGCCUGUUGCUCAGGCUUCUUCUGAAAAAAUUGGAGGAGCAAUGCCUGAUGUUCUGGGCUCCUACACUGCCCCUGUACAGGUCAGCAAGCCAGACACCACCAAUGGCCCAACAGAGGUCAGCUCAGGCUCCUCCCUCCCUGCUGGAGCAGCAGCCGGCGGUGGAGCAUCAGGACCUGCAAAGGCAGAGCCCAGAGAGGGAGCGACAGGCUACAGGAGCUCUUACGAGUGGGAGAUGUCCAAGAGCCAGAUGGGGAUGGUGCCUGGAGACUCUCCUCCACACUACCGUCACGAUGACGAGUUUGAAGAGGAGUGUGAGAUGGAGCCGGAGCACCCAGCCCGCCCACUCUCACUCUCCUCAGCUGACCAGCCGUUUCGCUCUCCGUUCUACGCUGAGGAGUGCAGCAGGGGAGGGCAGGAUGACGAUGACGAUGAUGAUUAUGAUGAUAGUGAUCAGGAUGUUGCUGGUCAUGUUUCCAUGGGUGCCACGUCCUCUUACACCAGUCGCUCCUCUCCUGGAUACUCAUCCUCUGAGUGCAGGCAGCGUAAAGAAGACCUCUCCCCAUCCUUCAUCAACCCCUGCAUGCGGCAGUUAUCGAGUGAUGAGGAUGAUGAUGAGCGAGGGCGUAGGAGUGACCAAUCACAGGAGGGCGAUGAGCACGACCUGUCUAUAAAAAGAAGGGCUCACAAACAGCCUCAUCAUCAUCAGCAGUCUCAUAGCCAGGACAGCAGCUCUCUACACCGGGCUGGAGGCAUGUCUGCAGGACUGGGGCUGGCCACAGAGGACACUCCGCCCACCUCCGUCAGCGAGUCUUUGGCCUCUCAGUCAGACUCUGAUGGGCCCCCAGGUACUGAGGAAUACCCCUCAGCUACCGGGGACAGGAACAUGGACUCAGACGAGGAUGCAGACUACAUGCCAGUGGAUAAACUAUCUGCCACAGGGGGAGGAAGCCAUCAUUCCUCUAAGCGAAGUCCUGACCCUCCCCCUGCCCCCCUCAUGGACCCUUACCCUCGCCCUCCACGCCCGGAUGUGUGCAUGGUGGAUCCUGACUCUAUCGACAAUAGCUCUGUGAAGAAAGAGCCAAAAACCAAGACCCUAAAGAAAAAUUCGGGGAAAACCAAAUCGUCCUCCCCCGCCAGGCGCAAGAGGUCCCCCAUGCCUGUCAAACAGACGGCGUCCCCUCGCAGCGCCUCGCUGAAGAAGAAGGAGGCUGACAAAAGCUCUCGUAUGUCUCGACUGUCAGACGGACAGGGAUCCAAAGAGGAUGACCUCUCCAGGUCAAGUUACAACCCUGGCAAAGGACUGAGCAACGGGGUCAAGAGCAGUUCAGGUGAGUCACCGUCGGACAAAAAUUAAAAUCUAAAUGAAAAUUUGUUUUAAACCCAGUAAAAGGUUUGAAAUGGAAAAUUGUUCUUGGUUGUUUGUACAGUCUGGCAUGAGCACGAUUGAACCUGAGGGGGUCUCACCCCCAAUUUCAACCACAUCCUGAUCGUCUCCUAAAAGGUCGUAUCCUCCGAUCGUAGCUGAUCGUAACCAUUCAAGUUAACGUGUCAAUUUACACCGACUUCUUUCCGUUCCUCUGCGGAUCGCCGGACUCCUCAGCUGAUCACAAGAGUUCUAUUUUUUCUGGACGCCGGAGCAUGGCGGAUAAAUUCAGCACAGAUUAACCCGUGCUGGAAAGGAAGUUGGGCACAGACACAAAAUAAAACAUCCGGCUUCUUUUCAAAAUAAAACACUCCGUGUUUCAGGAGGAUCGUAUUUCAGUAGUAGCUUGUGUCUGAGAGAAAUAAAAAAGGAUAUCGUCUGCAUAUAAAGAUAUUUGAUUGGUUGUUUCUUUGGUGUUGUGCCCGAUGAUCUAACCUAACUCUAAGCUGAUUUUAGGAGAGAAGUAUUAGCUUUCCUUGUGACCUUCUGGCUCUCUGAUCCAGGUUCUCAGAAGUCUGGUUCAGCUGCUGCUUCAGGUCUUCCUAUCUAUGUGGACUUGGCCUACAUCCCCAACCACUGCAGCGCCAAGAACGUGGACCAGGAAUUCUUCAAACGUGUCCGCUCUGCGUACUACGUGGUGAGCGGGAACGACCUGGCUAGUGGUGAACCAAGCCGCGGAGUCCUGGAUGCACUGCUGGACGGGAAAUCUCAGUGGGGAUCGAACCUGCAGGUAAGACCUCAGACUGCAUGGACCAGACUCUGAGACUAAAUCUGUUUAAAGAUGUACUGAUACAGGAUCAGUAUGACCCUGUGACCCCUGGUAUUUGUAAUGCCUGUGGAAUAGAUCCAUGCAAGGGCGGAGAAUUGGGAAGGGGCGCUAGGAACAUGUCCUUAACAGCUGCUACACUGUCAUCCUAUCAAUUCAACCGCUGUCCGUGGUGUUUCAUCAAUGAUUUUGGCUCACAAAGGGUUAACAGUCGGUCUCUGCUAGAAGCCCCGCCUUUAAUCUGAAUGUCGCUCUUCGAUUGGCUGCCGGGUUGUUAAACUCAAACCUCCUCCCUUGAAUCCAUGUGGAUCCACCGUGUCUGUAAUUUGUAAAGACAGAAACUGCGGGACAACAUCAAGUCCUCUGAUCCAGUCCAAGUCGUGAUGAGGAGGGGCGGAGUUAUAAAUGACGGUCCUGACCAAUCAGAGGCUCUGUACUUCUGGACAUGGAAAGCUGCUCUCUGGGGGGUCGAAUACAGUCCAGCCAUGUCAGCCCUCACAUGUCCAUCUCUCCUGUCUGUCUUAGGUGACCCUGAUCCCGACCCACGACACAGAGGUGACCCGGGACUGGUACCAGCAGACCCACGAGAAGCAGCAGGAGCUGAACAUCAUGGUCCUGGCCUCCAGCAGCACCGUGGUCAUGCAGGACGAGUCCUUCCCCGCCUGCAAGAUCGAGUUUUAGGAUGCUGGUGUGCUCCUGUCCCCCUCGGUUUUCGAAGGCUCCUCUCUUUGGUCCGUGUGUCGGUCUGUGUCCGCUCACAGGGACACAUCUGGAUUUUUACAGUUUGAUUUAUUUCUCAGCUUGUAGUGGCCGUUUCUGAUUGGUCGGUUUUUCUGAUAACUCCACUCCUUCAUCGUCAUGACUCAGUCUGUCAGAGGUCACAAACGAGUUCAUUCUUAUGAUUUCAACCUUAAACACAGGAAGUCCGGGAGUGUUGUCCCGCGGUCUCAUGUCAGGAUUAAUCCGAAGUUUCUAAUUGGACUGAAUCCAAGCACAAAGUUCUGCACCUUAAAGCUUCAAAACCACAGACUGAUUCUCUCCCUCUGACCCGUAAACGUCUCAUAGUAACAUCGCUGACAUUAUCAUCCUGACUCCAUACUCGCCGUGACGGAGGCGGAUCGAUCGUGUUGAAGUUUUCCGCCCUGACUUUUCCGACCCCGUGUUUGUGAGUAGAAAUGCGGUAGCAUAGCGAGCAGAGCUGUUCUUCAGUGAGUCCUGAUGUUUCUGCUGUUAUCUCCAAGUCUAAAUAAUCAGCUGUCUCAUGGUGGAGGUGUUUCUGACCGUCAGCUCAUUUGGAUUUUUACCGGUUUUGAAGUCUCCGAGGUUUUAUUUUGGGUUUGACGUGGCUUUGACGGGCAGAGAUCAGAGAGACACAUCUUCAUCCUGAUACUUUCAAUUUUAGUUCUAUCUUCACACGGAGAAGAGCUCUGCGUCUUCAGACCUCAUCACAGACUAAUGGCGCAUUAACAGAUCUCUAUGUGUCUGUAACUCGUGGGAACAUGUGGCUGUGAGCAGAGUCAGAGUCUGAUUGGUUAAAAGGAUGAUGCGUAGGUUUAGUAGAUGGUCACAUGUGCCUUUCUGUCCGCUGGGCUGUCUGAAGGUGUUAGUUGAUGAGAGGCAGCUGAUCCUCUCGAACUCCGAUUGUCAGUUUAAGUCCAAACACACCACAGCAUCGACCAGCACUCACUCAGUCACUCAGUCACUCAGUCACUCGGUCACACAGUCAGUCAGUCAGUCAGUCAGUCACAGGAUCGACUCGGUCUUCAGUUCAGCUGGAGCGUCCGCCACAAGAAGCACAAACACACAGCAGAGAGACAAACUCAGAUCACAGCUUUUCUAUCUCCAACCUCUGCAGAAAAUCUCCUCUGAUUCCAGUUUUCGAGAGUCGAUUGUCGCCACAAUCACCUCCUCACUUUUGAAAUUGCGUUGAUCCGCUUGUUUCCUUCCUGCUGUGGUUUUUCAGUGGAUGUUUGUAACUCUCACUUUCUGAACUUCUCCUUCGUGUGCGUCUGUGUUUCCUUUGAUAUCAGUGAUUUUAUAUUUUGAUAAGGUUUAGGUAAUUUCAAGUUUUUAACCAGAAACACUGCUCAGACACUAACAGGACCAACAGGCAUCUGCAGGUUUUCUCCGUUUGAUGAUUUUCAGGAUCUUUCCCUCCGAUCUUUCUGUCCGAUUUUCUGUCCGAUCUUUGAUGCAUGAGCAGCAUGUUCAGAAAGAUGGCGGCUCUCAGGGAGCCGAGCGGCUCCGGUUUGAAUGUGAAGAUGCAGAUUACCUUUACCUCCUCCGCGGAGGACUUUAAUCUCCUGGUUGCCUUGGUUACCGCGCAUCAUAUGGUACAUCUGACUCACAUCUGGUCACACCUGCAGACACACAUUACUGUCAGGAUCAUUUCUGACAGCAGAGGAAGUUUUUUCGGCGUCUGUCAGAUUCUCAGGGCGGCCAUUUUCCUCCGACAUCAUCUUCAACCUGAGCGAGACUUCGACGUCUGUUUCUGACGUCUCGAUCGUAAAAAAGUGAAGCGAUGCUCCGACAGUCCUUCACUGUUCGUCUGAGUUAAGCCCUGAAAAACCCGCACAUGCUCGGAGGAGGGGCAGAGGUGACGGACUUUCUUAGCCCCUCCCACCAGAGAUGCAGAAACAGGAGAAGGAAUCAGAGAGAGGGAACAGCAGAACAAGCGGUUUUUGCCGUCUACUAAUUCCUACUGGAUCGGCUGAGGAGUCCGGCGAUCGGCAGCAGAUCGGAAAGAAGUCGGUGUAAAUUGACACGUUAACUUGAAUGGUUACGAUCAGCUACGAUCGGAGGAUACGACCUUUUAGGAGACGAUCAGGGUGAAGGUGUGCAUGGGUAAAACAGAAAAUGUGCACGAAAACGUCUAACUGGAGUUCAAAGUCUCCGCCCUCAGGGUGAUGUCAGAGGAAAAUGGCCGCCAGGUGAAUUUUUUCAUAGAGCGUCUGAAACAAGGUGGAGAUACGGAUGAAUUAAAAUGAUUCAUUGACAAAAUCUCUGUUCAAACAGGGUUAACUGUGACAUCACUUCCUGUUAAUCCAGUCAGCCAAUGAAACGCUGGCGUGUAAUCUGCAUUCCUGUUUAAUACUGCGACACUUAACGGCGUCUUUAUAACCCAUCAUCAUCAUCACCUGUAACACACCUGACUCAAACUGCCACAGACAGGUUUAUACGUCCUGUUCCUCUCACUCUUUUACAGUCAGAGCUUCACACACACACACACACACACACACACACACACACACACACACACACACACACACACACACACACAGCUGUGUGUUCAUAUCCCGCUCUCAUAGCCUCAGCGUCGUGCAGCAGCAGACGGUUGGCGGUUCCGGUGAGCCCUGCUUGUUCGUGCAUGUGUACCUUUGAGUUGUCUGUAUUGUACUAGCUGAAGACGAAUCAUAGAGAUGUUAUUUAAAGAUUUAAGGAUGUAAUUUAAAGAGGCUGAGCUGAAGGAGGCACAUGUAAUAAUAAUAAUAAUAAUAAUAAUACGGCUGUAAUCCUUUCUUUUCCUUCUCUGCUUCAUGCUUCUUUGCUCAUCUCUUCUUUUAAGUGCAAUAUUCUCUUAUCUCUUUAAUAAAGUAUAAAAAAAGAUUUAUUGUUAAAGGGAAAAAGUGUGAUGAAGAACAAUAAAAACAUCAUUUACUGAAC